GGCCCUUUCGUUCAGGACCGGAUUUCGACCGGAAGUUCGCGGCUUUGUGCCCUUGUAAUCGUUAUCCUCCUCGCUGCGAAACCAGCCACAAUCACGCAUGCCAAAUCCGCUGCCGGCGUGUCACCAAAUGCCCACGCCUCCCCUGUUCGCGCGCCCCUCCUCCGCGCCCUCCACGCCGCACUCUGCUCCUCCUCCUCCACUCUGCCCAUCUGCCUGGACACAGACGAAGCCUAAUCGCCCCUUCCUCUCGCCCAGAAGAAGUCGUCCGGCGCUUCUUGCCGUCGGCCGGUCCAAGAACAAGGACGAUGCCAGCUUCACCGACCGCAUCCUCGACUACAUCGAGGGGGGUCCAAAGUUGAGGAAGUGGUAUGGAGCACCCGAUUUACUUCCCAAGGAUGGGGGUGCCGAGGAUGAGGAGGAUGAGUCUUCAGAUAUUGAGGAGCCUCGGGAUGCCGUGCUAGUAACCAAUGGUGACAGCGAGAUUGGACAGAUGGUUAUAUUGUUACUUAUCCUGAAAAGGACCAGGAUAAAAGCACUAGUGAAGGACAAACGAUCCACUGAAGAAGCCUUUGGAACUUAUGUUGAGUGCAUGGUUGGCAACAUUGAAGACAAGUCCUUCACUAAGAAAACGCUAAUGGGUGUUCGUGCUGUAAUUUGUCCAGCUGAUGACGGUUUCUUCUCUGACUUGAUUGACCUCAAGGGUGUCGAGCACAUUGUUCUGCUAUCCCAGCUAUCUGUCUACAGAAAUAGCGGUGGGCUCCAAGCUAUUAUGAACAGCAAGUUGAGAAAGCUGGCAGAGAGGGAUGAAGAGGUGGUCAUUGCUUCUGGCAUCCCGUCUACAAUAGUCAGGGCUGCUUCUCUGCAGACCACUCCUGGUGGGGAGCGAGGGUUCGAUUUUGCAGAGGGUAUAGCGGCCAAGGGAAGGAUAAGCAAAGAGGAUGCUGCUACAAUCUGUGUGGAGGCCCUGUAUGCCGUUCCCCAAGCAACGCUCGUUUUCGAGGUGGCUAAUGGCGAUGAAAAGGUUACAGACUGGAAAACAUGGUUUGCUGAGCGGAUGGCCAAAGGUUAAAGCAAACAUACAUGAUUGGGACACACGUUUAUCUUUUCGUUAAGUAUAGAAUAUGAAUAUAGGACAAGAUUCGAAAUCAAAGAAAGAUAUUCAACACAUGUCUGCAUACUGCAUUGGAGUUACUACUGCCCCUCCUCAUGACAUCUAAUCAUAGAUCUGAACAAAUAAAGAAGAUAGAUGGUCCAUCCGCCGAAGUCCCCAAGGAAUGCUUGCAUCAACGUUGAAUCUGAAGUGCUGUGAUGAAAUCGAUUUACAGGUUGAUGGCCACAAGGAACAGCAAGAUGCCUAUGUCUCAAUUUCUUGUUGUACUUUUUAUUUGCACUAUACAUGGCGCUACAGUUUAACUCCGCUCUUUUGCUACGAUACUACUACUCCCUUGGAUCAUAAAAAGUGCCGUCCACUUAGUACAAAAUUUGUACUAACUUAAUACAAAAUGGGCGACAUUUUUUAUGGAUCGGAGGGAGUACAUCACAAUUAACUGUGAAUAUCGUGGUACAGUGAACUUCUAGCUUUUCAGUAUUGAAUUGAAAAUGUAUGCUAAAGAUGAACGGAAUCUAUGAAACGCAUAUCUUUUGUGAGAAUAUAUAGUUGUCUUUGAGUUCCA